AUGGCCAUGCCCAAUGGAACACAGCCAUUAAUGCCAACUCCCAUCCAACCGCAUCCACAACAACAUCCACCGAUCCUUCCAUAUAUGCAACAGCAACAGCAGCAACAGCAACAACCACCUCAACAACCUAUGCUUUCUUUUCCAUACCCUUAUCCCAUACAACCAUCGCCAUCGGGACGCGUUCCUAUCCCUACACCACCAUCGCAACCCCACGGCAUGUUUGUCCCUCCACCUGCCAUGCAACAACAGCCACCGAUGCCACAAAACAUGAUACAGCGGUUACCACCUCAUAUCCAAGGGCUUUACUCGACGUAUCCAACGCGACUAAAGCAUUCACAAGAAAAUGCUCUCUUGUUACCAACCAGUUACCUUGCUGCUCGCAAGUCGCGUUUUGAAUCCGAAGAUGAUUUCGAUGAAUAUGCAGAUGAUUCAGAUGAUGGAGCCAGUGCUGCUGCUGGUGGUGGCAGUGCAUCGAUGAAUAAUCCACCUGCAGUACGAGCAACACGAUCCGCUACAGCAGCAGCAGCAGCUCAAGCACAAGCACAAGCACAAGCAUCUGCUAUCAAUCGAGGCACACCCACACCCUCGUCAGGUGCUCCUCCUGGCGCCGUCGCUCAACAUGUGGACAUGCGUAGAAUCAUUCGGAAAAGGAAUCAUAUCUAUCCACCACAACAUGAGAUCGAUAGAGCUUCCACCAUGGAGGAAGUUUUGGUGCCUAUUCGAUUGGAUAUUGAUUUGGAUGAUGUCAAGUUACGUGAUGUCUUUUUGUGGAACAUGAAUGAGCAAUUCUUGACACCUGAAAAGUUUGCAGAGAUUCUUUGUGAAGAUUUGGAAUUAUCGGUGGCUCGAUUUGUCCCCUUGAUUGCAGAAUCUAUAAGGAACCAAGUCGUCGAUUUUGAAGCAAUACACGAGGUCGAACUACCACCCGAUAGCAUUCGCGUCGUCAUCAAUCUUGAUCUUCAAAUUGGCAAAAUCAACCUUCGCGAUCGAUUCGAAUGGGACCUGGAAAAUACUACUGGCAAUGCACCCGAGAUCUUUAGUCGGCAGCUGGCAGCCGAGGUUGGUUUGGGUGGUGAAUACGUUUGUAUCAUUGCACACGCCAUUCGCGAACAACUGUAUAGACACAAACGACAAUGGGUGGAUGAAUCAUUGAUGGAGGAAUUGGCAGAGCCCUUGGCAACGGGAUUCCGAAGCAUAGAAAGUGCAGAAACUUGGGCUCCUCAAAUGGAAUUACUAUCAAAUGAAGAACUCGAAAAGUUGUUGAUUGCACAAGAACGUAACAUGCGACGCUUGCGAAGAGAAACUCGUUUCAAGCGAUCUAGGCGACGUGUAUCAGUAACACCUUCUAGACGUAAUUAUGGUACUCCUUAG